UAGUCGCCGGGUCAGUGCGGCUCUGUGAAGGCGGUGACAGACGGGGCGGCGGCUGUUACUUGUCCAAAUUGGGAGAUCACGUGAGUCCGGGAGGAAACAGCUGGAGGAACAGAGGAGCCAUGGGGAUCAAAUUUUUAGAAGUCAUCAAGCCGUUUUGUGCUGUUCUUCCUGAAAUCCAGAAACCAGAAAGAAAGAUCCAAUUCAGGGAAAAAGUAUUAUGGACAGCUAUCACACUCUUCAUUUUCUUAGUAUGCUGUCAGAUACCAUUGUUCGGCAUCAUGUCAUCAGACUCUGCCGAUCCAUUCUAUUGGAUGAGAGUUAUAUUGGCAUCAAACAGAGGUACCUUAAUGGAACUGGGUAUCUCUCCAAUUGUAACUUCUGGUCUAAUUAUGCAGCUGCUUGCUGGAGCAAAAAUCAUCGAGGUUGGUGACACACCGAAAGAUCGAGCGCUCUUCAAUGGAGCUCAAAAAUUGUUUGGGAUGAUUAUCACCAUUGGUCAGGCUAUAGUAUACGUAAUGACUGGCAUGUAUGGAGAUCCAGCAGAGAUGGGGGCUGGCAUUUGUCUACUCAUCAUUAUACAGCUGUUUGUUGCUGGGCUGAUAGUCCUCCUGCUGGAUGAGCUGUUGCAAAAGGGUUAUGGUCUGGGAUCUGGUAUUUCCCUCUUCAUUGCCACAAAUAUCUGUGAAACCAUCGUGUGGAAAGCUUUUAGCCCUACCACCAUCAAUACAGGCAGGGGCACUGAGUUUGAAGGUGCAGUGAUUGCUUUGUUCCACCUGCUGGCGACUCGACAAGAUAAGGUUCGAGCUUUGCGGGAAGCUUUCUACCGACAGAAUCUGCCUAAUCUCAUGAACCUCAUUGCCACUAUAUUCGUGUUUGCCGUUGUUAUCUACUUUCAGGGAUUUCGUGUGGAUCUGCCCAUCAAGUCUGCACGUUAUCGUGGACAAUACAGCAGCUAUCCCAUUAAGCUGUUCUAUACGUCUAACAUCCCCAUCAUUCUUCAGUCUGCUCUUGUGUCCAACUUGUAUGUUAUCUCCCAGAUGUUGUCUGUUCGAUUCAGUGGGAACUUCCUAGUCAACCUGCUGGGCCAAUGGGCUGAUGUGAGUGGAGGUGGGCCAGCUCGCUCAUACCCAGUUGGUGGACUCUGCUAUUACCUUUCCCCUCCAGAGUCUAUCAGUGCUGUGUUUGAUGAUCCCAUUCAUGUCACUGUUUACAUCAUCUUCAUGCUUGGAUCAUGUGCUUUCUUCUCCAAGACUUGGAUUGACGUUUCUGGUUCCUCUGCUAAGGAUGUUGCUAAACAGCUUAAGGAGCAGCAGAUGGUAAUGAGAGGCCACAGGGAAACCUCCAUGGUCCACGAACUCAAUAGGUAUAUUCCUACAGCAGCUGCUUUUGGUGGACUUUGUAUUGGAGCACUUUCAGUCCUGGCAGAUUUUCUAGGAGCCAUUGGAUCUGGAACUGGGAUCCUCCUUGCUGUUACUAUCAUCUAUCAAUACUUCGAAAUCUUUGUGAAAGAACAGGCUGAAGUUGGAGGCAUGGGUGCAUUAUUCUUUUAAGUUGUCAAACUCCAAAGGGUUUAUUUAUGGAAAAGGGAAAUAUUUUUUACAUUGUACACCAUUUCUGUGUAAAGGGAGUUUUUUGUUUUGCUUAUCCACUCCCUGCACCGCCUCCCCCCCCA